CGUUCACACGAAGCCAUUACGCGUUCACACCCAAGUACUACUCUUGACCAGAAGUCCUCUCGUCUCCGUUCACACCAAGCUCUAUCUAACUCUGUCGGCGGCUACGAUGGCCACCCCUUAGAUCUUUCUCUCGCCGCCCUCGCAGAAGCACGCCGGAUACAGAUGGCGAGCACAAGUACAGGCAGAAGCUCCUCCCGCUCGAGCACUUGUGGAGGCCGCGGCGCCGACAGAGAUCGAGGUACGUCUUGAUCCCCUGUUGCUUAUCGGGAGGGGCCUAUGGACUACGAACCAGCCGUCUAUUGCAAGUACUAAAGAGGAAAAUCGCCGAGAUGGAUUUCCUGGUGCAUUCAGAUCCCUGACAGGAGGUACUAUGCAUACAUGCGACGCCGGGUCACCAACAUCUUAUAUUGUCAUACUAUUUAAAUGAGAAGGCUUUAAAAUCUGCUGGUUAUUGCUCCUGACGAACUACCUGUGACGUUUUGGGAAACUACAGCGUGAACGCGAAUAAUUUAUCCUUGCAGGGCAGUGAGUAUACAACUCUUUGUUCAUGAGCACAUCAUUGUACCCGGCGUGAUUUAUGGGAAAGAUCUGAAGCGACGGCAUCCGUUUAACGAACAAAUGCCCAUUUUUGAUGUUACCCCUGACACAAGUACAUGUAGAGGGAUUGUUGACCUACAAAUGAUGACCACAAACAAGAAUUCUCCGUUUGACCUCCGCUUCUGGGACAGCCUUUACACUACAUUAACAAUGGCUCAAGUAACGGAGAUGUGCCAUACAGCUCUACAGUCUACAAAUCAAAAAGAAAGUGUCCGGGUAUCAAUUGACAAUCCAAGCAUGAUCCGAUUAACCGGCAAGGACAUAGCAGCUGUUUUCUGCCACGAUUCACAUAUGCAGGAAGACAUUAUGACUGCAAUAAUGUGUGCUUUUAAUGAGUUUGAUAGCACACUAGAUUCUUAUUCACCUCAUCGUACAUGGCGCUCGUUCCUGCCUGCCUUGAGCCUGGAGGCAGAAAUGGAAAGACCUUCAGCUUGUGCCAUGGAGGUACCAACAAAUUGGAAAGAGUGUGUUCAAAGAAUGAGACACAAUAUCCCUGAUCCACUGACUGCUAUGGUAUUCCUCCCAAUCCUGAUAAAAGACAAUUGGCACUGCUUUGCAUUCAACAUGAAAAGUAAACAUAUCCACAUUCAAAUGCCACACUGUACAUCAGGAAAUGAUGUUAUCGAGGAGGACAGUGUGAAGCAAAUAGGUAUCAUACUCCUCGACGAGCUGAUUGACAUAAUAAAUGAUGCCAGUGUGACGAAAACGGCAAAAGUGGCAGAAUGGACAUUCAAAUUUGACCGUAUCGAAACUUUACAAGCCCUUAGAGGCAAUGGAUUUGCAGCCUGCUUAUAUGCUCUGCUGUUCGACGGAACAAUUUUCCGCAACGAUGUGUUCUCAGAGCUGAAUUCAAGAACAACUGAUCAGUCUAAACAGGAAAUCAGCAACGUCGCCGUGGGUUGUGCAAGUAAAGCAGCUAUGUUUUCGCUACUUUUGGAUAGACAAGAAAACCCAGUAAAGCUCAGUGACCUGCUACAACUACUAUAACAUGCUUCUACCUGAUGCAUGAUAUGUACCACUUAGAACCCGUAUUACUUGCAAUGCGGCUUGUAGUUAACAACUAGAGAAACUGCUCUACUUUCUGCAAUCCUCCGUAUGUAUGUUAAAAGUGUAUCUUUAUGAAUACAUCGCAUCUGUACUAUUAUUAUGGUAAAAAAAAUAACACUAUCAUGAGGAA